AUGAGCACCAGCUCCAAGCGGAGCUCCAAGGGCCAGCACGUCGCACACGUCGAAGAUGCCGUCGAAGAUGACUCGGCCGGCUCCUUCGAAGGCAUCGAGAGCACUCGAAAGUAUGCCAUGUCGGAGCCUCUCGCCAAGGAGCGCCCCAACAUGGGACGAUCACGUUCCGACAAGCGACCAUCCGCCUCGCGGCCCAGCGCAACGGCCGUCGAGUUGACGGACAACUCCGAACCUACCACCCGGCUCCCCGAAAGGAAGGCCAAGGACGUCAGGUGGGCGUCGCGGAGGGAGAGCGCCGGCCCCGACGGGCGAGCCCAAGCCCGCGACGAUGUGAGGCGGGAGAGGAGAUCCAGGGACGACGACGAAGAGAGGCGGGCCCGUGCCGGAGCGGCCGAAAGGGAAUCGACAAUGACGAGGAAGACGAAGCCUUUGACCCCGAAGCAUGCCGUCACGCAACCCGUGCCCAUGGUCCAGCAAGCGCCUUACCUCCGCGGUCGCGUGGCCGAGGACCCGGCCUGCUACGGCGUGAAGCAACCCGCGCCCAUCUCCCGGCCGAGAGCGCAGACGCGGCCGGCCGCUCCAAACGCCGCGCAGCCUUUCAGGCCGCAGCUGAUGGGUCCCUUUUUCCAUGCAGGUUCGACGCCGCCAGGCCCAGGGCUCGGGCCGGCACCGGCGCCGUUCAUGGUCGGCAGCUUCCCUCCGCCGCCCGCUUGGUCCGCCGCCGGUGCCUCCCCUACCGGCUACGCCCCUGCUGGCUACCACUCGGCCGGCUACCCGCCAGCCUCUCCCGUCGGGCCGACGGCGGCGUUCUUCGACGGCUCGCAGAGUCACCUGAGGCAGCGGUUCGACGCGCGGCCGUCGUCGGCCAUGGGCGUCCGUGGACAGGCCGCGUUGGAGUAUCGCUCCUCGGAGGGAUACGACCACGAGUCGGCGCCUCGAGUGUCCCGUCGUCCUCUGCGCACGAAGAAGCUCGACGAGGACGCGCGGAAAAUGCCGCCGCCCAACUACAUCCCCCACAGCCGGCCGCAGUCGGCGCUGCCGCCGACGACGCCGUUCCGGCCCCCUCCCCUGCAGCGGCCCCCCUCGCGCCACGACCAGUCGAGGCCGCCUCCGCCGAACAGGAGAUCGUUGGCGCACGACGCGAGGGCGAGCCGAGGCGAGGACUUCUACGACGACGACGACGGCGGCGGCCUCUUUCACGACAACUCCCCCAACGCUUCGUUUGAGCACAAGCACGCCGUCGUGCCACGGGCGAGACGCGACUCUCUGGCGUACGAAAAGGCAGAGUACGGCAUCGUGCCGUCGUCCAACCGCAGCCGGCACACGCCCACGUACGGCAACGGCGGAGGCGCUCACGGCGGAGGCGCUCCCGGCGGCGGGGGCAUGAGCGUCGCGCAGAGCAAGAUCAACGCCGCCCUCAAGUAUCAGGAGGACGUCAGCGGCGGGUCCCAGAUGCCGCUGACGGCCGAGACGCUGCGCAAGGCGACGAGGCGAGGCAGGGUUCCCAGCAGCCGAUCGACGCGGAGCAGCGGAAGCCGAGAUGAUAGCGACUACAGACGAAGCAACACGACGGGCAUGACGCACUCGUCGUACGGCAACGAGGAAUUCACCAUCAAGGUUCCGGGAAACACCGUCGUCCGCGUGCGGGAUGCCGAGAUCGAGUGCAGCAACGAGGGCGGCGAGAUCACGUGGACGAGCCGGCCGAGCGGCUCCCGCGCCGGCAGCGACAGAUCCAGCACCAUCUACCCGCAGCUCGAGGGCGGCCACGACGACUCCCGCAGCCGCAUGGAGCGCAAGGCGCUUCCCCAUCGGCCGCGCGCGCCGAGCCAGGCCGACUCGCAGAGUCGCGGCUACGGACCGACGACGCACGCACCUUAUGAUCCUUACGAAGACUAUGUUUGA